AUGCCGUCUUACUUGAAACGAUGUUUCGCUUAUUGCUCGAUAUUCCCGAAGAGCCGCGAGUUCCUCAACUUCGAUCUGAUCCAACUGUGGAUCUCCAACGGGUUUAUCCAAUCCAGCGGAAAUAACCAGGAGCUGGAAGAGAUCGGACGGCAGUAUUUGGGGGAGCUGUGGUCGAGAUCCUUCUUCGAUGUUGUCGAGGGAGACUAUCCGGUGGUGACCUUCCGAAUGCACGACCUCAUUCACGAGCUUGCCGUUUCUGUGGCACAAACCGAAUCGGCCAACAUGAAAGUGCGAGCGCAGGAUAUUUCCCUGACGACUCGGCAUUUAUCAUUUCCCGACCCAUCUCUUCUACCAAAAGAUGAAAUAGGCGGCUUCUUGAGCAAACUCAGCCGCGUUCGUAGCGUCAUCUUGUUUGAGAAGGGCUCCUCUGGGGAGUUCUUUCUGGAGAUGUGCAUUUCGCGAUUCAAGCACUUGCGAGUGCUAUGGCUACAGAUCUCUAGCUUUGACCAACUGCCUAGUUCCAUUGGCGGUCUAAAGCAUUUGAGGUAUCUUAGUUUACGCGACGACGGUGAUAUCAAGAAACUCCCCGAAUCGGUCUGCGAGCUUCACAAUCUGCAGUGCUUAGACCUUCUCGGGUGCUCGGAACUCGAGGAAUUGCCUGUAGACAUGAAGAACAUGAUCAGCCUCCGCGUUUUGUGGAUAACCACGAAACAGCAGCGUCUCCCAGAGAAUGGGAUCGGAUGCUUGACCUCUCUGCGGUGGCUCUUCAUUGGAGGGUGCGAGAAUUUGGAGGCCUUGUUCGAUGAUAUCCAAUCGCUCACGUCGCUCCGUAAGUUGUUAAUUGCAGGUUGUCCGAAGUUGGCCUCCUUACCACAAGGCAUCAAGAAUCUGAAGGCAUUGGAGGAUCUCUGCAUUGGCCACUGCGAGAGCUUGAGGCUGCCAGAAGGCGAAAGUAAUGGGGCAAACUCCAUGUCGAGGCUUCAAUCCAUCAGAUUCGAGGAAUUACCGCAGCUAGUUUCUUUCCCCGGGUGGCUCGAAGGUUCUGCAAGUACGCUGCAGAGGAUAAGAAUUGAGCAUUGUCCCAACUUGAGUGAAUUGCCCGAGUGGCUGCAAAAUUGUUCUUCUCUGAGAAAACUGGAGAUUAAGAAAUGUCCUGGGUUGACCUCUUUACCAGGUUAG